AUUUUGAAACCGCGCAGAUCGCUUCCUCCAACCUUGAGCGAAGCGAAAAUUUGCUCACGACGAUUACCAGUUCUAGUCUUAAACUCCAGUGGAGAACUCCCAUGCUAAAGUAUAUGCUUCACAGCAAGGAUGGUAGUCAUCGCAUUAUACCGCCAGGGAUCGUACUGCAUGAUCAAAUAAGAUCGGGCGAGAAUAAACUUGGCACCUAGCGGCGCUUGAGAAGAAAAAUUACAGAACGUCAAUGUAGCGGUCAACGUUCCGACUCGCUCCAGUCGGCAUCACCAUGUCGGAUUCUCUUAGAUCGCGUUCUCGCGGCCAUCAAGAAAACAUGCAGGAAAAUGAGAGAAUGAGGAGAGGUCAAUCCCAUUUGCCUCCAUUGAAUUUCAUAACCGUCCACUAUGCAUAUUUUAUCGUCACCUGCUUGGUAUGCUCUCUCAUCUUCUGGGGCGCCUCAAGCCCCGCCCAGAGCAUUUCGUAUACGGACUCUCUCUUCCUCGUCGUCUCUGCAAUGACGGAAGCCGGCCUCAACACCGUGAACCUAAGCACUAUGACGAGCUUUCAACAAACCAUGCUCUUCCUGUUGAUUCUUAUCGGCGGAAGCAUCUUCGUAAGCAUCGGGACGGUGCUGGUGCGCAAGCGUGCCUUUGACAGUCGCUUUAAGCACGUUGUCAAGCUGCAGAAGGAGCGGAGAAGGGGUCACAGGAGGAGCUUCUCAAUAUCGGCAAUGAGGAGUGGUCCUAUCCUGCGACGGUUAAGGAGCAGACGGGGACUAGAGGAGGCAGUCGAUGAUGACUUGCCGAAGUCAUGGGCAGAUUCAAGCUCACGAAACGCUACGGCAGGAAAGUCAAUGUCUGAUCCGAUGGAAACGGGGCGGAAUGGGACUCCAGGUGUCGUAGUGACCGCAGAGAGUGCUGCGGACGAGGACGGGCAUAGAGAAGCGACGCACCUGAGCGGGGAUCACAUUUCAUUUAUGCCGCAUGAUUCAUCUUCGACGAGAGAGAGCCGCCGGGUGCUAUCUUCUGUGGGGCCUGGACCCCAUUUGAGUUCCACGUCACUCAGAGGACCUUUUGCGGGCACUAGAGGCCGUCAAGGAAAGGAAGUGAAAAUGGAGGAGGAGAAGGAGAAGGAAGAGGACCCACCGGACAGCUGGUUCCCAGGAUAUCUUACCAGGCACACCACCGGCCGUAACGGGCAGUUCUUCGGUCUCUCAAGGGCCGAGAGGGAUCACCUUGGUGGCGUUGAGUAUCGUGCUAUUCAACUACUAGCAUGGAUUGUGCCCAUAUAUUUCGUACUAUGGCAGCUACUAGGGUGCCUUGGUCUGGCGGCGUAUGUUGCUCACAAUAAAGCGAGCGUAGCGCAGGAGAACGGCAUUAAUCCUUGGUGGCUGGGUAUUUUCAACGGGGCUUCUGCGUUCAAUAAUUCGGGAAUGUCUUUGCUGGACGAGAACAUGAUCCCGUUCCAAACUUCAAUAUAUAUGCUUACAACAAUGGGCUUGAUGAUUUUAGCCGGCAACACAGCAUAUCCACUCUUCCUCCGCCUCAUCCUAUGGAGCAUGCUUAAACUCCUCACAAGAAUUUACCCCUCUGAAGAUCAAUGCGCAGACUAUAAAACCACUCUGCGCUUUAUCCUCACCUACCCACGCCGUGUCUACACGAACCUAUUCCCCAGCUCUCAGACCUGGUGGUUAUUAUUAAUGUUAAUCGUCCUGAACGGCAUCGACUGGGCGGCAUUCGAGCUUCUCAACAUCGGCAACAGCACCACUUCAACGAUCCCAGAGCGCUUCCGCAUCCUAGACGGCCUGUUCCAAGCCCUUGCCGUCCGUUCUGGCGGCUUCUACGUAACUUCGAUCGCGAACCUCCGCAUCGGACUACAAGUUCUGUACGUGAUCAUGAUGUACAUCUCCGCAUACCCAGUCGUGAUCACCAUGCGGCACUCCAACGUGUAUGAAGAACGGUCUCUCGGAAUUUACGCCCAAGAUGAGCCGUAUUCUCCAGGAGGUCCACGGAUCGGGACACCGGCCUCCCAGCUGCGGCGAGCAUUAUCAAAAGCCAUUACAUCCCCCUUCCCAAGCGGGGCCUACAACGCACACGACUUCAUGUGGCAGCAGAUCCGCGGUCAGCUCGCUCACGACCUUUGGUGGCUCGUAGUAGCCAUCCUGCUGAUCUCCUGUAUCGAAGUAGCGAAUUUUGAGAAGGAUCCCGUGACGUACUCGGUCUUCAACAUUAUGUUCGAGGUUGUGUCAGCUUAUGGAUGCGUGGGGAUCUCACCGGGAUUACCGAACAAGUCGUAUUCUUUCAGUGGCGGCCUUCACACAUGCUCGAAGCUGAUACUAUGUGCGGUUAUGCUCAGGGGCCGGCAUAGGGGGCUGCCUGUUGCAUUGGAUCGGGCGGUGAGGUUACCUACGGCAGCCGGCGACGAUGACGAGUUGGAGGAGGAGGAUUCUGUAGUCAGGAGGACCAGGCAUAUACAUCAUGGGGGUGGCGAUUAGUAGCGUUUAUCCAGCAUUCACUGCUUAUAAUGGGUUGAUAUAUCAUAGUGGUCUAACCCGCCAUUGUUGAAUAGCGAUUAAAAUAGAAUAAGUUUUUAUGAGGAAUUAUUCCUUAGAUUCCA